UACGUACUUAUAGCACCCUAUAACACAGCAGCGGAUGUAGAUGACGGUGCAGUACUACGGUAAAAUGUCUCUCAGCAGGUACGUUUUUUGUCUCCUCCUGUCGCUCUUGUUGGAGGGAUGUUCGCCAUGUUCCCCUCCUAUGAACUGGAGCCACCAGACGGUGGAACAGCGCGCGGCCAUGGCGCAUAGGAUCGUGUACGCCACGGAUGUCGGGCACCAGAACGUCGUUAUCAAUCCGCUCGGGGCGUCUUAUAACGGGCAGUUUGACGUACACUGUGUGCUGAAGGGAGAUGCGUUCCAGUCCAACCCCGUGACGGUGGCAGACAUGGGCAUCAUCCCGCACCUGUGCACGUCACACACCGUGAAGGAGGGACGGUCAUACUUCCUGUUCCUCAUGGGCAGCGAGGAGGAAGUCGUCACCGUGCACGAGGUCAACUACGAGAUCGGGGUCUUCGACGAUCUCGAAGGAUAUCGCGAUAUCUUCGAUCGCGAGUUCGAAUUUUACAGCAGAUGCUUUGGAGAGGUCACCCCAGACCCACAGGGCAACACGGUAUAACAGCCUGUGCAGCACAACUCGACACGACAGCGCAACCACGACUCUAAGCUUUCUCCAAAUAUGGGGGAAUAGGCAAAGUCGGUUGCCAUGGCAGCGACCAUGGAUGUCCGUAAUGCAAAGUAAUCGUAGAGGGCUGAGUGCAGGGGAUGGAAAGGUAG